CAAGAUCCACCACCACCUCUUACCUGAAAAAAACAACCAAACAGAACCCACCAAAAAUAAUAAACGGAAACAAAUAGAAAAGAGUUUGGGGAAGAUCACAGAUCUGUGUCCGAGACUGAGCUGAAAGAACAAAUUUGCACACACACACAUUAAGUCCCAUUUCUUCGUUCUAUAUACAGAGGAAACGAAGAUGAUGUCCAGCAAUUACACCGCAAUUGAUAGUCAGAAUGUUUCAGGAUCUGUUCCUGCAGCUGCAGGUCCACCUGGUCAAGUUGCCGUCAAAUUCACUGAGUCGAAUUUGCAGACAUUUCCACCUUCCAGUUCCCAGGGGAAAAUCUCUGGCGCUUCUGGACCUCCACGUGAUGCUGACGAUUCAUUCUCUAAGCCAGUAUCUGGUUCUGAUGAGCCCCAGCAGAGUGGUUGGUUUCGCGCUUUCACUAUUGCUGCUUAUAAGCCCUAUUUUGAUGUUGAUACCUCUGAUGUUCUAGAGAGGAUAAAAGAUUCUCUCCUUCCUUUCACUGGGUCCUUUUCUGAGAAGACUGCCGAUAGGCCAGAUUUGUAUGGCCCGUUCUGGAUAUGCAGUACCUUGGUUUUUGUUGCGGCUUCCAUUGGUACAUUUAUUACCUAUAUAGCACACAAGCUACAGAACAAGGAGUGGAACUAUGACAUCAACCUUAUCACUUGGUCCGCGGGUUUAUUCUAUGGUUAUUCCACUAUAGUUCCUCUUUGCUUGUUUCUAGUCCUCAAGUACUUCUCUGCCCCAUCUGGCCUCGUUCAGUUGCUGUGCCUUUAUGGCUAUUCCCUUUUUGUCUUCAUUCCAGCAUUGUGUCUGUCUCUUGUUCCCUGGGAGAUAGUGAGAUGGGUGGUUGCUGGUGUAGCUGGCUUCAUGUCUGCCACAUUUGUUGCUCUUAAUCUGAAACACCACAUAGCAUCAGCUGGCGAAAGGUGGUUCUUCAUUGUGGCUGCUAUCUUCCUGUUGCAACUUGCUCUUGCUUUGGUACUGAGGGUUUACUUAUUCAACGUUACAGUAUAGCUAUGAAACUAUUGAAAUGUAUCUAGGAUCGGUUUGAAUAUGUCAUAUUAAUCACAAUGAGAGCACACUGUUCUUCGUAUCAACUUGUCUGGAAGUGUGGCUUGUUCAUUGAAAUGGAACUGUAUUCAUUCAUUUUUGACAUUAUACAAUAAUAUAGUUUCACUUUCACCAGAA